AUGAUAUUAUGGAAGAUCUCAAGAGUUAAAUGUAUCCAUCUUGGGGCAUUAAAACCGGUGUACGGGAUGAUAAAUACAGACUUUAUAUCAUAUGAUAGCUCAGUAAUUCAUAUUUAUCACGUUGCUAAAAAAAUUAUAAGGUACUAGUAGUCAACAAAAUCAAUUAAAGAGAAAGAAAGAAACGCAUGUGAAGAGAGUUUACAACUGGAAAAGUAAAAUAAAAAUUAACGCAUGUUGAAUGCUGACAUGUCAGUAUGUCCAUGAAUCCACGUAUCAAGCGCCAUUCAUCGAUCGUCUUCCUCUUUCUAAAUGAAAACAACUUCACACAUCACAACAAACAAUACACACAAGACCCCCUCUCUCUCGUUGUCUCUCUGCCAGCGACCAAAUCGAAGCUUGAGAAGAACAAGAAGGCGUCGAAAAUGGUUGUUCUGAGCAUGAUGGCGUUGGUAAAAACAGCUUAUUCUUUGAACAGCUUUGUCUUUGAGGCGGAAGACAUUGUAUUCGGUUCGCCUUGGUGGUUCGUCGUCGUCAGUGUGGCGUGUCUCCUCGUUCUCUUCGCCGGGAUAAUGUCUGGACUCACGCUCGGACUAAUGUCCCUUGGUCUCGUCGAGCUUGAGAUUCUCCAGCAGAGUGGCUCCUCCGCCGAGAAAAAGCAGGCCGCUGCUAUCUUACCAGUGGUUAAGAAGCAGCAUCAACUUCUUGUGACUCUGCUUCUAUGCAAUGCAGCUGCCAUGGAGGCACUUCCUAUAUGUUUGGAUAAGAUAUUUCACCCCUUUGUGGCUGUUUUACUCUCAGUUACUUUUGUUCUUGCUUUCGGGGAGAUCAUUCCACAAGCUAUAUGCUCGAGAUAUGGACUUGCUGUUGGUGCUAAUUUUUUGUGGCUGGUUCGCAUUUUGAUGAUAAUCUGCUAUCCCAUUGCUUACCCUAUUGGCAAGGUUCUUGAUGCCGUGAUUGGGCAUAAUAACACACUGUUUAGGCGAGCUCAGCUGAAAGCUCUCGUCUCAAUUCACAGCCAAGAGGCUGGUAAGGGAGGUGAAUUGACACACGAGGAAACAAUGAUUAUAAGCGGAGCCCUGGAUUUAAGCGAGAAGACAGCUGAGGAGGCUAUGACGCCAAUUGAAUCAACAUUUUCCUUGGAUGUAACCACAAAGUUAGACUGGGAAACAAUUGGGAAAAUACUAUCCAAAGGCCAUAGUCGAAUCCCUGUCUACUUAGGGAAUCCAAAAAACAUCAUUGGGCUUCUAUUGGUGAAGAGUCUUCUAACGGUACGAGCGGAAGCAGAGACACCCAUAAGUUCUGUUUCCAUCAGGAAGAUCCCAAGGGUUCCAUCGGACAUGCCAUUGUAUGAUAUCCUCAACGAGUUUCAAAAGGGAAGCAGUCACAUGGCUGCGGUUGUCAAAGUCAAAGACAAAGAUAAAAGGAAGAGUAUGCAGUUGCUGAGUCAUGAGGAAACACCAAAAGAAAAUAUUAACUUAUACACGAGUCCUCAUUUGAUAACUCCUUUGCUUAAGCAUGAUGUUGUUGUCGAUAUUGAUAAAGCACCAAAGCAUGUGGAAAAAAGAGGAAUAAAUUUUCAACUAAACGGUAGUGUGACGAGGGACUUGCCGCGUCUGUUGGAAGAUAACGAGGAUGAAGAAGUUAUUGGCAUCAUCACGUUAGAAGAUGUGUUUGAAGAACUUCUACAAGCAGAAAUAGUGGAUGAAACCGACGUUUACAUUGAUGUACAUAAAAGAGUGCGAGUGGCGGCGGCAGCAGCAGCAGCUGUAUCAUCCAUAGCACGUGCUUCACCAGUGGAAUAUCAAAGCAAGGGAGGAGUAACGGUGAAGAAGCUUGUGGGGAAAGAAGGAAGAAGUACGAGAAACUACACAACAAAAAUCACGGAGCCUCUUUUAUCAGAAGAAUGUCAUAGAUAAAAAUUUUGUUUUAUACUUCUUUCUUGUGGUAAUUAUUACAAGGUUCAGUGUCGGUCUCAUUAAUCGUGUAUCACGUCUCUUAAACACGUACGUAUCCUGUUGUUGUAUGUAUGUUGCGAAGUUGAAAUAAUGAAGAAAAGAGUUUUCUAAA